CUGUCGAUCAGCUAAGCCAAGCAAACCAAAAAAUAUUUGAAGAUUUUAAGAAUCAACUUCAACCUCACUCAUCAAACAUGUUCAAAAUUCUGUGCUUAUUUGCCCUGGUUUCGGCCAUUGCUGCCAAUGCCAUCCUAAUGCCUUCGGUGCCAGCGCCACUCCCGGUGUUGAUGCGACAAGCCCGGGCAGCUGAGAUGCCAACGGAACCCAAAGAAGUACAAUCUGCCGGGGAAGCUGCUGAAUCUGCUGACGACAUGGAGAAGGCGGAAACGUUCGGAUUUGGAUUCCACAAACACAUCUACGUUAGCCCAUCGUACGGAUAUGGUGGAUACUAUCCUUACAGUUAUGGAUACGGAUAUCCCAGCUACGGAUACGGUGGUUAUGGAUAUCCCUACUACUACUAAA